GCGGCCGGAAGACUACAAAAUGGCGGAGGAAGGAGAGGAGGGGGACCUGGGCUCAGAGCUGGAAAUCCUUCGCUCCAUCUACCUGGAUGAGCUGAAGAUUUCACACGAUUCGAACAGGCAACACCCUUGGGAACUCAGUAUCACCUUGCACCCGGCUACAGCGGACGUCACCGAGUCCCAGUACGUCUGCCUCACCCUUGGCCUCUCCUUAACUGCCCAGUAUCCUGACAUAGUGCCAUCGAUCUCAAUCUGGAAUCCUCGAGGCUUGUCAGAUGACCGGAUCCUCAGUAUCCGACGAGAAUUGGAGGAGGAGGCAGAGGCGGGAAGAGGAGGGCAGGUGCUCUACCAGUUGAUCGAGAAGGGGAAGGAGAUCCUCACUAACAACAAUGUGCCCUUUGGUCAUUGUGUCAUCUGCCUGAACUGUUUUCAGGAGAGCGACGACUUCACCCGGACCAGCUGCUACCACCACUUCCAUUCAUACUGCCUGGCCUCUUACAUUCAGAACGUGCAGGCGGAGCUCAGGGUGCAGGGGUCUCCUCCACCCUCCUCUAAACCCCCCAACACACAGACGGUGGGUGUUCUCUGCCCCGUUUGCCGGGAACCUCUGACCUACAACCUGGGCCUGCUGUCAUCGGCUGCCGAUCCUAGUCACCCGCUGGAACCCUACCAGCCAGAUGAGACGUGGGUGAAGAGGUGGCAGGAGCUUCAGAGGAUUUACCGCCGGCAGAAGGAGCGUGGGGGGAUCAUAGACCCCCAGGCUGACCGUGAUCGCUUCCUCGUUAGCUUGACCAGACCUUUGGACGUCAUGGCCCGUGAGGUGGAGCGGAAGGAGACCACAGCGACGCCCUCGCCUGCUGGCCCUCCUCCUCAGCAGAUGGACCCUCGGGCUCCACACCCCCAGAGCUCCCGCCCCUUCUGCCGCCCACGCCCCGCCAGGAGGGGCCAUCAUGGGACACGGGCUCCUUCUGAGACCCAAGGUGUCAGGCAGGAGAAUGAGGAGAAGGUGGAGACAUCAGCUGAGGCCUCACACACAUCGCGGCUCACCAAGCCCCAGCUGGAGACUGAGAUUGAGAAGAGUCCGCCCCAGGCUCGAGGCCCUUGGCCCAGGAUGGAGGGGGGUGCCCAUCCCAGGGCUGGCAGGGGCCGGAUUGGCUGGGGGCGGGGAAGGGGAAGGGGGCGGGGGCGUGGCUGGCCUGGCAAGGGGUGCCCCCUGCCACAGGAUCCUGCUGACCCGCAGCCUGGGGAGGCUCCCAGGGAGGGUCACUGAAGGGUGCAGUCGGUACUGAUCCCAUCGGGUCCUAUGGAUGAUCAGUGCUAGGUCCAGGAUAGUCCAUGUUGAUCUGUUGGGUUCCAGGUAGGGUAGGUGAUUGGUCUGGUCCAUGCUGAUCUGGGUCAGGUCCUGGGGAGGUUCAGUGAUGGGUCCGGUGUAUUCUUACCUGGUGUGGGUCCUGAAGGGGGGUUGGUGAUCGGCCCACGCUGAUCUGACCGGGUUUAGGGGAAGGUCAGUGAUGGGUCCGGUCUAUGCCGAUCUGGUCUGGGUCCCAGGACAGGUUGGUGACGAGUCCAUUGUGAUUCAUUUUGGGAUCUGGGGGUGAAUACCUUGUGUGGUCCACCCGGAUAAUAAGUUAAAGUUCAAGUUUAUUGUCAUCUGACUGUACAUAUGCACAACCAAACAAAACAGUGUUCCUCCAUACCACAGUGUACAUACAGCACAUUAAACAAAAUGUUCCCACAAAUAAGUUAAUAAAAUAUAUUUCAAAAUGCAUGUUAUGUGUGCAGCACAG